AUGGUUUUCGCACAUUUAGUCGCCUACUUGCUCGAUAAAUUUUUGGGCGACUACAUUGAAAAUUUAGAUUCGAAACAACUCAAAAUUGAUUUAUGGCAUGAAAAUUCCAAAACGGUGUCCAAGCACAAAGAUACAUUUUUGGAACGAUUACAAUUACAUAUUCUUCGUAAUCUAACAUUGUCAAUAAGCAAUAUUCAUAUUGCUUAUGAAGAUAAAACAACAAAACCUGAUCAUCCAUUUUCAUUUGGUAUUACACUCAACUACAUCAAACUUUACACAACUAAUUAUGAAUGGGUACCUGUGGUAUCGAAGGAUGAGUCACCAAUUAUAUACAAAUUAGGAGAACUGAAUGCCUUGUCCAUUUAUUGGAAAUCUGAUGUUAAAUCUCAGUCAGAAUUAUCACAGGAGAACAUUAUCGACAAAUUACAAGCAAAUAUCGUCAAGAAGGAGAAUACAGCACCAGAUCACAUGACUUAUAUUUUACGACCACUAAAUAUAAGCGUUAAAAUAAAAAUUGCUGCCACACCUCAUGAGCAAGAUUAUGCACGACCAGUAUUUGAUGCUAAAAUCGAUUUAGAUUAUAUCAGUUUAAAUAUCAAUCGUAAUCAGUAUUGCGAUCUACUCGAUCUACUCGAAUUUCAAGAUCAUCUCAAUUUGGAAUUGAAAUAUAUUAAAUAUUAUACUAUGAUCGACAAUAAUUCUACAGAUAAACUAAGUGUCCGACGAUGGAAAUUUGCCUAUGUUGCUAUUUUAAAUGAAGAAGUUCGACCGCGACUUGCAUCGUACAAAUGGGAAAAUAUCAAGACUAAUCUUGACCGAUUUCGCGAGUAUCAUGACAUUUACUUUCAAGUAUUGACUGGUAAUGCAAGCAAACAGCAAAAACAACGUGCUGAAGAACUAGAAAGAAAGAUCGAUGUAUUCAAUUUGCUUGUUAUUCGUCGAACUGUUGAAAUUGAGAUUAAAAAGAAGAAAGCUGAACAAAAAGAACAGGGUUGGUGGGACAAAUUGACCAGUUGGUGGACUGGUGAGUCGAACAAAGAGACUUCAGGUAGACUCAAAGUAAUUGCUUCUGCCGCUGUACCCGAUGUUUGUUUGAUAUUCAAACGGUGUCCAGCCAAAUCAGGUUUUCUAUUUGUUAUCGAUUUGGGCUCAUUCAAAGUAUUUGGUGUUACUACCGAUACAAUCGAAAUAGAGAAGUCGAAUGAUAAUCGUCCCGUUCUUGCUAAACCGGCGAAUGAAAUACAAUUAAAAGAAAAAGAUCUAUUGCAUAUCGAAUAUGAAACUAAUCCAUUGGAUAAAUCAUCUGAAAAUCGUAUACAAGUUAUAUUACAAUCGCUCGAGAUCACUUAUGAUGCGUUUACUAUCAACAAACUUGUCGAAUGUUUCCAGCCUGAUAAAAAGCGUGAUUUACAAGGUUGGAAGAUCGAUGUACAAAUUUCAGCUAUUGAUGGUCGAUUGUAUGAUACACAUAUUUUCGAAAUUAUCAAACUUUUUCAAUCCAUACCACUUCCUGAAUCAAAAGAAGAAGAAGUAGAAACUGAAAUACUUGUAGAGUCAACAACGUUUGAAGUCACUGUGCCUCGUCGAAACACGAAAAAAACAUUGGAAGCAGUGGAAAGUAUGACACCAGUACAAAAAAUCUUGCAAGAAGCAGCUAGUGCCGAAGCGGAAGAUAAAACAAAUGAGCAGACGCCAGCAGAGAUCGUCAAGAAAAAAGUCGAUUUACAAGAGCAAAUAAUAGAACUUGAAGCUACUUUUGAACUUCCACGAAUUCAUCUACUCAUCGAAGAGUCUCUAUCGGAUUCAUCGAACGAUAGUCAACCAUUUGUUCGUAUUACACUUUUAUCAAUGAUUGCUCGAGCUACAAUGAAAACAUUCGACAUCGACUUCAAUGCAUCUCUUGCAGAUUUUAGUAUUGUUCAUGAACAAUUUGUUACUAAUAAUAAUGAUCGACUUUGUUUAAUUGCUAUGGAAAGACUUCGCGACCGAGAAAAUGGCACACUAAUUAGUAUCAGUGGCUUAUUGACAUCACCUGUAAAUCCGAAUUUUGCAUCUGCUCCUUACUAUGCAAUCGAAAAUCAGAUACGUGUACAUAUUGGCAAACCUGUUCUGAUGCUACAAUUGGAAGCACUUCUGUCCAUUAUUAGAUUUAAAAAUGAUAUCAUGGAAAAGAUAUCGAACGAACAACAUCUUUUAUCGGACAAAAAAGUGACAAAAAGACGAACUGCAUCGAAAGGGAAUCCGAAACAUGUCGUAAAGAAGGAUCCGGCAUCAGGAAUGCCGACGUUUCAAAUCGAGGCUCAUCUAGAAGGAUUACGUGCAAUAAUUGGACUCGAAUUCUUUCAAAUAAUUGAUAUUCAAAGUCAAGGCCUUCGUGCCCAUAUAUUGAAUUCGGUCGAAAAAACAUCAGCCCAUUUGAUUCUUACUGAUUUGCGUGCCUUUGAUCCUAAUCCAAAAGCACGCUAUCGUCAUAUUAUCUCGCAACGAAGCACUGAUAAACAACUGUUACGCGUUGAUUUUACUCUCUUCAAUUAUCCAAAAAAUUACGAAAAAACACUUGACGAUAUCGAUUGUGAAAUCAAAAUACAAUUGACUAAAAAAACUGAACGUGACGUUUCUUCAAACGAGCCAACUGCUGUCUCUGAAACAAUGGACAAAUUUCAAAAUCAAGCACGCAAACUUCGUCUCGAUGUAACACUCGAUGCACCGAGCAUACUUGUUCCAACAAGUUCUUAUUCGAACGAAGGACUCUUUAUUGAUUUGGGUCUAUUAACGGCAGAAACACAUUUUACCGAUAAUCCAAAGCGUUCAUCUGUCGAGCAACAAGUAGUCAUCAUGAAAAAUUUAUUAGCAAGCCGAGUUCAACUCGGCAAAAACAAUGAAACACGCGGUGACAUUAGUCUAUUUAAAUGUGCUGAACUCAGUACAUUAAUCGAUCGUCUGUUAUAUCCGGACAAGAUCCAGAAUGAACCACAGAUUUCUAUUGUAGCCAAUUGGGAUAUUAUUCAAUUUACACUAGCAAAAGAUGACUAUGCAUGUAUAAUGAAAAUAUUUAAGGAAAACUUUUCAGAAAAGAUUUACCACAAGAUACCGAAGCCUGCUGUUCAAGAAAAAACUGAAUAUAGGCAAACGAGUCAAAACAAUGUCACUGUCACAAACAAAAAUCAAGAAAAUUUAAAUACUAAUCAAAUCUCGGAAAAAAUUCAUUUCAACGCUGAAAUAAAGACGAUUGCUAUAACACUCUAUCUGAGUGAAUCAAAAUUGAUCACUCGACACGCAUCACGUAAUGAAAAUUUAAAAUUUCUUGAUUUGAGACUUGAAACGCUCAAAGCUCACUUUCGACAAUUGUCCGAUUCGAGUUACGAUGGUAAAGCACAAAUACAAACGCUCUUAUUAGAUGAUCUACGCGAAACAAAUAAAUCUAAUAGUAUUACACGUAUGAUCGAUCGAAACUUCAAUGUCGAUCCAAAUGCAUCUAUGUUCACAGUUACUCUCGAAUUUAAAAAAGAAAAUGAACAACAAUCUAGUGGUGUUCGACAAGUCAAUGCUCAACUUGAAAGUUUUUAUAUUUGUAUGAGUUCAGACUAUUUUAUGGCAUUAUAUGACUUUUUCAUCUCGAGUCUGUCAUUAAGUGAUGAGAAGAAACCGCAUCCAUCAAUUAUGUAUUCAGAAACAUCGUCUGAUAUUGAUUAUGAUAUGCCACUACCAGCAAAACCCAUAUCAACAUUCCGUCGAUCGAAUCGAUCAUUCAGUGGUGCAUUAGAAUCUACAUUACGUUCACCUAAGAGACCGUCCGAGACUCUCUCUACGACCCAAGAUGCAUCCCCCGAAGCUGGUGAUUAUCUUCAUAGUAACAUUAAUAUCGUAAUUAAAAGCCCAGAAAUUAUUUUACUUGAAGAUCAACAUAAUAAUAAUUCGAACUGUCUUGUACUUAGUCUUAUUUUGAAUUUGAAAAUAAUCGAAAUUAAACUUGAACUUGGCACAGGCUCAUCGACUAAACCAGUGAUAGCUAUGUGCCUUUCUAAUAUGUUUGUUGAUGUGAAAAAUUGGUCCAGUGAUAUAAGUAUUUCGUCUAAAAUCCAUGUUGAAUUAGCCUUAUUCAAUGAUAAUUUAUUGGCAUGGGAGCCACUUAUUGAACCAGUUAUUAAUGAACGUGGUGAAGUUGUAUGUCCAUGGUGUAUUACAUGUUCGACCUCAAGUCAUGAAGAAGACGAAGAAAAUGACGAUGAGUCACGAUUCUUGCUUGAUGACCCAAAAUCAUCUUCGAAUAUUGAACAAAAACCAAAAGAUGAUAGUGUGAGUUUGGAUGCUAAACAGGUUAUUUAUGUUCGAGCUGAUCAUUUGCUCAACGUCACCAUAACAAAGACGAUGCUGAGUCUUGUGCAACGUCUUUCCACUAUGAUUAAAGAUGCUUAUAAUAAACAAUCGCCCUGGAAUGAAGAUGAUAAUGAUCGAUCAAUGUUAUCAAUACACAAUAUGACAGGAUAUGAUAUUUACAUUGAUAAUUUAAGCGGAAUUAAGUUUCUCGAAGAUAAGAAAUUAGAUACUCCAAUUCAUCUCAAAAAUCAUGAUUCAAUUCCAUUGACAGUACCUGAUGAACGAUUAUCGGCGACACGAAUUCCAGCUAUUUCUGAACAAAUCUCUAAUAGAAGACAAGAAUUUUCUGUUAUAAUCACCAAUCAAGUCAAAACACUAGAUAUCAAUCAAACAUGGAGACGAAUAUUUGAUUUGGGUCCAUCACCUAUUCCAGAUUGGCCUAUUCAAUUGCUUUGUGAUUCUCAAAUAUACAAUGAUCGUCGACGAAUAGUUCUAAGUUCAAUCAUCAAAAUAUUCAACAGAGCUACAAUGCCAGUGAUGAUUUUGGAUAUUGAUUCAGUUGAACUGGGAACAUAUCGUGAAGUAGCUCGUGUCGAAGCCAAUGGAGAGUUGUAUCUUCCACUUGAACUAGUUUAUGUGCGCAUGAAUUCACGUUUAUUUAUUAGUAUCGAAGAAGCUAAGUCUACCAAUGGAGUUCAGGAUUUUAUUUCAUUCGACUGGGCAAUUGAGUCUUCUGCUGAUCGUGUAUUGAAGAUGAAAAAUGGCAAAGAUGCUAAUCUUGUUUUCUACAAAGAAUCCAAGGAAGCUUAUUCAGAAAAUACUGAUGAACCUAUUCGAACUUCAUUUCAUGUCUACGUCAAACUGGCUCUUCAUCUCAUUAAUCUUUUAUCGCUUGAUAUAGAGUGUUGGAUUGACGGUCAUAUACGUCUUUUCAGCAAAGAACAAGAUGAUGCAAUGUCAGAAUGGUCUGAAGGCUUUUCACUUGAUGUAAUUAAAAGUACAGGAAUGGCUAGUUGCAAAGUAGCUAAUGAUAGAACAUAUAUGAUUGAAAUUGAAGUUACUGAAGCACAAUCGGACACAGAAGAGGAACAAUGGAGAUCAGUAAAGCCUGAAGAAAUUAUUCCGUUUUGGCCACGUAAUAUGGAAGGAGCUGUUAUGUGUGUUCGUUAUACGCAUAAUCGAAUAUCAUCAACUGCAUUCUCAUUCACUCAAAAACAUCGAACAUUGUUGUAUAUGAAUGACGAAGAGCGUCCAGCACUUCAAGUUGAAGUUAUUGCAACUGAUUUUGAUGGAUUUCGUGUCGUUUUUGGCGAUUACAAGAUCGGAGAUGCGCCUGUCUUACUGGUCAACUGUUUGAAAUAUUUACCGAUUGGAUUCUGUCAAGCAACUGAUAUACGAACGCAAGUCUUGCCACCAUUACACUAUGUUUAUUAUACGUGGGUCAACCCAUUAAAACCGCGAACAUUAGUUGUCGCGUGUCAUGAUCAAAGUGUAUCAAUAGAACUUAACUCACUUUGUGGUGUUCUUGAAGCAAAAGAUCUACAACCUGUAUACUAUGCCGUAUUUCAAGAUGGUCCUCAAACAGUAUUACUUUUCUCUGAAGAAACAGAUCUUAUUAAAGCUGUUACAAAUAUGCCAUCAUUAGGAGAAUCAAUGAAACAACAUAUACAAGUUGGCAUUCGUGAUAUUGGCAUAGCGAUAAUCGAUGAUAUCGCUCGAAACGAUUUGUUUUAUAUUAGUAUAAGUAAAUCUAAAGAUAUCUGGAUGGAGAGCAGCAAGUCUCAUAUGAAACCACUUUCGUAUGAUCUCAAUAAACAUGUGGAUGAGCAAUACGAAUCAUACAUCAAAGAUCACAAUGCUCAUCCGAAUGAUGAAAAAUUUGCAAGCAAGAAAUAUCGUAUUGAUGAAAAUCGCGAUGUUUCUUUCGAUGAAGAUACUGCCGAAUUGACCGAUCAUCAAGAUCAUCUAGUACGUAUUAAACGACAACCACUUGAUGGACUCUGGGUUGGAUUUGCUUGGUCGACAAGCAAUUCUGCUCUUCAUCUGCGCAUCAAUCGUGUACAAAUUGAUAAUGAACAUGAAUUCACUUUAUUUCCAGUUGUUCUUAAUUCAAUUGUUUCUAAAGCAGCAGGCACCGAUAUACCUGGAAAACCAUUCAUUGAAUUAAGUCUAUUCAAAACAACAAUAGCUCGAUCGAAUACGACACAUAUUAAGUAA